UUGAACCUCGCGAUAAGAAAAUACUGAGCUCCAGAAUCUUCCGAAAACUAUAUGAGCAUCAGAUUGGGCAUCGAAGAAAUAAAAAUUGUAAAGUCAGAGUUUUAUCCAUUAUCGCCCGCUUAUUUAGUUAUUCUCGGGGAAGUACUCGUCCGGUGAAGAUGUGGAAGGUUACUCUCGCUUUGUUGGCACUUUCGUCGCUGCAGAUCUCGGCCGAUCAUAUAAAGUGCAAAGUCAAUGGCCGAUACUUCAUACCAAACUUCACGGCAAACUGGUUUAAGGCUGUCGAAUAUUGCAGUUACUUGGAAAUGCGCUUGGUGGUGAUAACAAGUGCUGAGGAACAGGCAAAAGUCGUUGAGACGGUGAAAGCGUCAGAUAAAUUUAACAAUCGCUCCAGCAGUAUGUGGAUUGGUGGAAGCGAUUUGGCGGAAGAAGGUGACUUCUACUGGCACUCGACGGGAACCCGACUGCGGUAUUCGAAUUGGGGCACCAAACAGCCGGACAACGCCAGGUCCGUAGAACAUUGCAUGGAGAUCCAGUUUAUUCCGACCGAGAACUGGCUCUGGCAUUGGAACGAUCGCGAUUGCAAGACUCAGCGCUAUUUCAUCUGUGAAAAUUUGGAACCUGGCAAAGAGAUUGAGCUUUUCUAAGUAUAAAUUUGCGAUUUGAAAAUUGUGAGUGAUGAUUUAAAAUAAAUGGCUAUAAUCAUUGAAA